AUGGAAAAAGGUGACCUACAGCAGGGAAGCUUCAUGGAACAGUCCCAACACUUCUUAGCCGAGCUCAGCCCCAGCCCCACCCAGCCCAAUCCAGCCCAGCCCCACCCAGCCAGCCAGCCCAGUCCAGCCCAGCCCCAGCCCAGCCCCAUCCAGCCCCAGACCCACCCAGCCCAGCCAGCCAAGUCCAGCCCCAUCCAGCCCCAUCCCCACCCAGCCAAGUCCAGUCCAGCCCAGCCCCACCCAGCCCACAGUCCCUCUCCACCCUCCAUCCACCACUACCCACUGUUACCGUCCCAACUCUACCCUCACCUCUACCAGCAGUCCCUCUCCACCCUCCAUCCACCACUACCCACUGUUACCGUCCCAACUCUACCCUCACCUCUACCAGCAGUCCCUCUCCACCCUCCAUCCACCACUACCCACUGUUACCGUCCCAACUCUACCCUCACCUCUACCAGCAGUCCCUCUCCACCCUCCAUCCACCACUACCCACUGUUACCGUCCCAACUCUACCCUCACCUCUACCAGCAGUCCCUCUCCACCCUCCAUCCACCACUACCCACUGUUACCGUCCCAACUCUACCCUCACCUCUACCAGCAGUCCCGCUCCACCCUCCAUCCACCGCUACCCACUGUUACCGUCCCAACUCUACCCUCACCUCUACCAGCAGUCCCUCUCCACCCUCCAUCCACCGCUACCCACUGUUACCGUCCCAACUCUACCCGUACUCUCCACAACCCUAUCCAUCCCCAGAACUCUACCCGUACUCUCCACAACCCCACCCAUCAGCCAGAACUCCACCCGUACUCUCCACCCUCCACCCAUCCCCAGAACUCUACACUACUCUCCACAACCCCACCCAUCACCCAGAACUCUACCCGUACUCUCCACAACCCCACCCAUCCCCAGAACUCUACCCAUACUCUCCACAACCCCACCCACCACCCAGAACUCUACCCGUACUCUCCACAACCCCACCCACCACCCAGAACUCUACGCUACUCUCCACAACCCCACCCAUCCCCAGAACUCUACCCGUACUCUCCACAACCCCACCCAUCCCCAGAACUCUACCCGUACUCUCCAUAACCCCACCCAUCCCCAGAACUCUACCCUACUCUCCACAACCCCACCCAUCCCCAGAACUCUACCCGUACUCUCCACAACCCCACCCAUCCCCAGAACUCUACCCGUACUCUCCACAACCCCACCCAUCCCCAGAACUCUACCCGUACUCUCCACAAUCCCACCCAUCCCCAGAACUCCACCCGUACUCUCCACAACCCCACCCAUCCCCAGAACUCUACCUGUACUCUCCACAAGCCCACCCAUCCCCAGAACUCUACCCGUACUCUCCACAAUCCCACCCAUCCCCAGAACUCUACCCGUACUCUCCACAACCCCACCCAUCCCCAGAACUCUACCCGUACUCUCCACAACCCCACCCAUCACCCAGAACUCCACCCGUACUCUCCACAACCCCACCCAUCCCCAGAACUCUACCGUACUCUCCACAACCCCACCCAUCCCCAGAACUCUACCCGUACUCUCCACAACCCCACCCAUCCCCAGAACUCUACCCUACUCUCCACAACCCCACCCAUCCCCAGAACUCUACCCGUACUCUCCACAACCCCACCCAUCACCAGAACUCUACCCGUACUCUCUACCAUCCCAUCCAUCCCCAGAACUCUACCCUACUCUCCACAACCCCACCCAUCCCCAGAACUCUACCCGUACUCUCCACAAGCCCACCCAUCCCCAGAACUCUACCCGUACUCUCCACAAUCCCACCCAUCCCCAGAACUCUACCCGUACUCUCCACAACCCCACCCAUCCCCAGAACUCUACCCGUACUCUCCACAACCCCACCCAUCACCCAGAACUCCACCCGUACUCUCCACAACCCCACCCAUCCCCAGAACUCUACCCGUACUCUCCACAACCCCACCCAUCCCCAGAACUCUACCCGUACUCUCCACAACCCCACCCAUCCCCAGAACUCCACCCGUACUAUCCACAACCCCACCCAUCCCCAGAACUCUACCCGUACUCUCCACCCUCCACCCAUCCCCAGAACUCUACCCGUACUCUCCACAACCCCACCCAUCCCCAGAACUCUACCCGUACUCUCCACAACCCCACCCAUCCCCAGAACUCUACCCGUACUCUCCACAACCCCACCCAUCCCCAGAACUCUACCCGUACUCUCCACAACCCCACCCAUCACCAGAACUCUACCCGUACUCUCUACCAUCCCACCCAUCCCCAGAACUCUACCCUACUCUCCACAACCCCACCCAUCCCCAGAACUCUACCGCAUUCUCUCUACAACCCCACCCACCACCCAGAACUCUACCCGUACUCUCCACAACCCCACCACCACCCAGAACUCUACCCUACUCUCCACAACCCCACCCAUCCCCAGAACUCUACCCGUACUCUCCACAACCCCACCCAUCACCCAGAACUCCACCCGGAGUCUGGUGGUGUCUGGUCUGUCAGUAGAGGAACACAAUGAUCUGGACCUCACCAUCAUGGAGUCUGGUGGUGUCUGGUCUGUCAGUAGAGGAACCAAUGAUCUGGACCUCACCAUCAUGGAGUCUGGUGGUGUUUGA